ACGAGGGAGCGCGCGCAGCGCCUGGGGCCCGUCGAGCGGCCAUGACAGCGGGGGGAGGGGUCCGCUCCUGGGCCAGGCCAUCCCCCGCCUAGCUGGGCGCGUGGCCUGCAGCGGGGUCACGGGACUCCUGCUAGUACCGUCCCCGGGCGCCUGGCCUGACCUGCUCCAUGCGUGCUGCCAGCCCCCCUCCUGCGACGGCAGGCGCCGUGUGCAGCGGGUGCAAGAACAGGGCCCAGCGCUCCGGCUGCUGGCUCAGGGGUGCUGAGCAGUAGGACACGCCCUGUUGCAUGUUUCAGGGUGAUGCUGAUAAGCCUCCACGAACAUGUGAGGAUUAUUGGUCUGAAUGGAAACACUGUAAGGGCAUCCGUAAUUUAUUCCAUAACUAUUAUACGUAUGGGGAAGCUCCCUCCUGUGAACAGUGGAAAAUAGACUAUGGCAAUUGCAGAGAGUGGGAAAAAAGCAAAAGUCCAGAUGCUAAGGAAUCCCUAUGCAAGAGUGAAAGAGUCCGGAUUCUGGAAAAACAGAAGUAUGAUCCAGUGUGGCAGCUGAGGAAAAGCCCACCAAGGGACUGGUACCUUCCUCUUGGUCAAGAUAAACCAAAGCACCUCAACAAAACCUGAAUUGGAGCUAAAGGAGAAAUUGACAGUUAUCUUCCCAGUACUGUAGACUGACAUGAUUGCUUUAACAAUUUUUCUUCAUCGCAUAAUUAUACUCUCAGGAACUAUGGUUUGUCCAGAGUGAGGAAUUGUUACUCAAGAAUAAAUGAAAGGGGAAAAAAUAUUCUAUAAGUGAAAAAAUAAUGUUCACUAAAGCCACAGUUCUCUACAUGGAACCGUGCUUCAGUUUCUGGCACAAAAAUACAGUACAGUAGAACCCUGUUUAUCUGGUCUAAUUGGGACCAGGGCCAGAUCAGAUAAUCAAAACUCUGAAUAAACCAGGGAAUGGGAAAAUGCUAUGCCGCAGCACCAUCUAAUGGCUACAAGAGAGAUUGCCCACUUCUGGCCCUAGGGUCACGAUUGUUUGGUAAAUGCAGAGAGCUGGCUAAGGGAAGGUUAGAUCAAUGGAGUUCUAAAGUAUUUUGUUUUUAUUGGAAGUUUUAUUGUCAAGAUGGCCAGUUAUAAAAAGAAAGGGAACAAGGACAGGUGGUGUUUUUCUUUUCUUUUGACAGACAUCUGCAUAGGGAUGUUUGAAAAAACAAAAUAAAUAGUCUAGUCACAUCCCAUUGUGUCAUCCUUUAAUGCACUGAGUAUCUCCUGCCAGCUCCAUGGCAGAGUCUUCCGAUCUCACUGUGUGUACACUUUGGUAAUGUCGAUGCAUUUCCCUUCAGGAGCCUCAUAGCCAGGAACCUGUGGUGUGUAACUAGGCCCUUCUUUCUCAAAGGGAAACAGGUCCUCAUCUCGUCUUAUUGCUGCUUGGUAAAGUUCUUCUGAUUCGAGACGCAAUUCCUCUAGUGCCUCCUGCUGAGCUG